AUGGCCGUGCUCGAAAAGUUUCGUGAGGCCUUUGGCCGUAGCCCUUCUAUUACCGAAGAAUCCGGCAACAAUGUUACCAUGAACACCGUCGAGGAAACCAAGCAUGAUCCCAUUGCUGAUGAGGCAGUCCGUGGUCCUGAAGACUCUGAGGAAACUGUCUCCGAGGAUGCCUCUUCAGCGCACCUCCAGAUUGGUGUUAACGAUGUCGAGGCUAUCACCAAGUCUUGGUCCAAAUGGUCCCUGAUCGCCGUUUUUGCCAACAUCUGGCUCUUGUACUUUGUGAAUGCUUUCCAGUCCUCUAUUCUUUACAACCUGCUCCCCUAUGUCACCAGUUCCUGGGAGUCCCACUCCCUCCUGAACGUCAUCUAUGUGGUUGCCGACUGCAUGUCGGCCGCCGUGUACAUCCCUCUGGCGAAAAUCAUGGACGUGACUGGUCGUGCUGAAGGUUUCGCGACCAUGGCUGUCUUUGCUACUCUGGGACUGAUUUUGAUGGCCACCUGCCACAACCUUCCCACCUUUUGUGCUGCCUAUGUGUUCUACACAAUUGGCUUCGGUGGCAUGACCUACUGCGUGGAUGUCAUCACUGCUGAUGCCUCCAAGCUGAAGAACCGAGGUCUGGCUUACGCCUUCACCUCUUCCCCUUAUAUCAUCACGGCCUUUGCUGGUCCUAAGGCUUCGGAUGACUUCCACCUUAGCUGGCGCUGGGGCUUCGGCAUGUUCGCCAUCAUUUUCCCAGUCGUCGCUGCCCCGUUGUACUUCAUUUUGAAGCACAACCUAAAGCGCGCGCAGCAGCAGGGUUUGGUCGCCGUCAACCGCGACGGCCGCACCUGGUACCAGCUUGUCUGGUUCUACUUCAUCGAGUUUGACAUUGUUGGUGUCCUUCUCUUCUCUACCGGUCUCUGCGUCUUCUUCCUUCCCUUCGAUAUCUCCUCCUACGCUCCCGACGGCUGGGCCUCGGGCUACAUUAUCGCGAUGAUCGUCGUCGGUGUCGUGAUGCUGGUUCUCUUCUGCCUCUACGAAUGGCUCGUUGCGCCCGUGCCUCUUUUCAAGUUCGGCUUCCUCUUCAACCGUACCGUUAUCGGUGCUUGUCUGCUCGACGCCACCUACCAGCUCUCCUACUACUGCUGGGACAACUACUUCACCUCUUUCCUGCAAGUUGUCAACGACCUGAGCGUUGCCGAAGCCGGUUACGUCAGUGACACGUUCGACGUCGUCUCCGGUGUUCUGCUCCUCUUUGUCGGUUGGUUGAUCAGCAAGACCGGCCGCUUCAAGUGGCUCCUCUACAUCUCCGUGCCCUUGUAUAUCUUCGCUCAGGGUCUGAUGAUCUACUUCCGUCGUCCCAACCAAUCCGUCGGCUACCUCGUCAUGUGCCAGAUCUUCAUCUCCAUCGGAGGCAGUAUCUUCAUCAUUAUCGAGCAGCUUGCUAUCCUGGCCGCCGUCGACCACCAGCACGUCGCUGCCGCCCUGGCGCUCCUCAACGUCGUCGGUACUAUCGGUGACGCUAUCGGUGCCACCAUCUCCGGCGCUAUCUGGGAUAACACCUUCGAGAAGGCGCUCAUUCGCUACCUGCCUGAAUCAGCCAUGUCCAACCUCGAGAACAUCUACGAGGAUCUGGAUACUCAGCUGAGUUACCCCACUGGUAGUGUCACCCGCAUUGCUAUCCAGCAUGCCUAUGGAUAUGCCCAGACGCGCAUGUUGGCGGUUGGAACGGGUCUCAUGGCUCUCUCCUUUAUCUGGAUCGUCAUGAUCAAGAACAUUAAUGUUGCCAAGGUCAAACAGGUCUCGGGUAUGGUCUUCUAG